UUGGAGGGGCUGUUUCGUUUCGCUAUCGUAGCUAGGAGAGAUACAAGCCAGAUAUCUGCAAUGAAACUCUAUCACUUUACUAACAUGUAGGCUGUUAAAAAACAAGACUGAUACAACUAGCGAUACCGACAUAACUACCGUUGUGCUUUGGAGGUUCCAACUGUUUUUGUGCUUGUGGGAUAUGGCACUGAGUUCUGGCGGUUGGGGUAAACCGCCUGUGCCAGCCCCGUCCCAGUCUGUACAUGGCGGGCCCGCGCUGGCUAACUGCAAUACCGUCUUGAUGUCGGUACGGGUGUCGGUUUGCCAUUCGGGUAUUCGACCGCUUUGCCUCCCUGGAGCUGGCGAUGAGGCUCUCCGUCUUCAACUUAGCAUGGACCCCAGCAAAGCUGGAGAGUUUCGGCUAGCACUGAGGGACAUUAGCGGAAGCGGCCGUAGUGUGUUCAUUGCGGAGUUUGACCUGCGCUCUGUGCAGUAUGAGGUCAAGUCCCCAUGCCUUCACGAGAUGCGCUUGGCCACGCCCCCUCAUGACUGUAUCCGCUUCAACUUCCGCUGUGACCUGGAGGCUGAGCAGUGGGCCACUGUGGUGAUGUCAUCACUAAGAGAGGCACACAGAGUUGCUGUAAAUAGUUCCCCACAUCCUAUGGAUGACCGACAGCAGCACGAAGCAGCAGCUCUAGAACAGCGCAGCACAGCCUCCUUACCACUCACUGAGGAGCUGUGCUUGGAGCUUGCCCGGGCGAUCGAGGCAGGUGACAGCCAGGGCGCUGCUCAGCACGCGUCUGCUCUAGCUCGUCAGAAGGCAGUGCUCACUAUCCAACUGUCUGAGAAGUGUUAUGCCGAAGGAGAGAUAAGUUUGUCUGUGGCAGUGGAAGACAUCUCCUCUUCCUGUUGCGUCACAGUGAAAGUCUUUCCCCACAUGACUGUCGCAGCACUCAAGCAGCAGGUGUUUUUGGAGUAUGGCUUUCACCCUCGCGUGCAGCGCUGGGUGAUUGGACAAUGCCUGUGCACAGAGCCUAGGUCCCUGGCCUCGUAUGGGGUCCAGAGGGAUGGGGAUACGGCCUACCUUUACUUGGUCUCAGCCCGCCAUGCCCGCCUCACCCGCCAGCUAUUCCAGCAGGACCAGGAGGGUGCCCACCUCACCCCAUCUCCGCCUACCAGCAACGGGCCUCUUUCCCAGGACUGGAGGGGCUACAGCACCCUGCCCUCCAGGCUUAGCCACAACACCCAGGGGAGCACCGGAAGUGGGGCCGAGAGGUUGGGUACGAGCGAGAUCCGAGACGCCCUCAACCUGGAGACGCUGCAUCUUAAAGAUAAACCUGAUAAGCCCAGCAAAGCCAGUAAAACACAGACCGAAUGGGCGUGUCCCUCCUGCACCUUCAUCAACAAGCCUACCCGACCAGGCUGUGAGAUCUGCAGUACAGCCAGACCUGACUCACGCAAGCACAGCCGCAUACAACAGGAGAAAGGAAGAAGAGAGGAGCAGAUCAGUGCAUUGAGCAGUUAACUGCCUCAACCGUAACCUAUACAAUAAUCUGGAAGACUGAUCACUCACACACCAACUUAGAGCUACAAACUCACCACCACUACUGACAUACUAUGAUGACAAACCUCUGGACGCUGCAGCACAGACAUGGAACUCCACUUGCUGAGGCUCACAAAAGGAACUACCUGUAUAGUCAAUGAGCUGGCUUUUGACUCUGUGGACAUGAGUCAGCAUCCUUUGCCUUGUGGCAGACUUUACCAUUUAUUUAUUUUACAUAAGGGAUGGGGGGGGGACUAGUCUAAUAUUUAUUUUAGAGGGGUGGGUGGUGCUUCUCUCAUCCCUCUACCUGAUAUAUCUCAGAUGAGAUAAUAUUAUAUAUAUUUGAAGUUGGCCAACUGUGAAAGUUGAUACUUUGAAAGCUGAAAAAAGCUGUUUUUAAAACCAGGGCCUGUAUUCAAACAGUCUCAGAGUAGGAGUGCUGGCUGUCCCAACCCCCCAAAAAAUAUUGGUCGACCGAAAGUAGUCUGUUCUUUCGACCAAUCGAUUGGUAAAAAAAAAUAUAUAUAUAUAGGCACACCCUAUGUGUUUUAUUAAAAUCAACUAUUUUCACUGAGCUUGUCUGCUGCUUUUAAUGGCGCUGCCAGGUAGCCUUGGUUGACUUCUAUGCGUAAUCAGGUGCAUGUCUUUACUCAACAUUGAGUGCUCCAAACAAAAAGACUGAGUAAAUUGACAACUAAAAAAUGGAAUGAAAUAAACCUAAACUUGUUUCUCACAAGUGUACCAUAGGUUGUGCGCUCUGCAAACAGUGUCCACUUUGACAAUGAGAACAGUAAAAGACUAAUAAUAAUGAAUGCAUUCACAGAAACUACCGUAAAUAAAUUAACGGUAAAUGUACUACUGGUGAUACGGGUGUGCCAUCCUCGCGGCCUCCAAUGGAUCUGUACAUCGAGACAGGCGCGAAUCAGACAGGUCUUGUGUGCCAUAAAAAAAUACAUUUGACUGCUCGGCUAAAAUAUUGGUCGCCCAAACAAUCGACCAGUUGACUAAAUGGGGUGAGCCCUAUUAGGAUCAGAUUAGAUCAUAAUUAAAUCAACAUGGGGGACCUGAUCCUAGAUCAGCACUCCUACUCUGAGACAAUGAGGGGAUUUGAUUAAUGCCCCCGGUGAACCGGGUAAGAGUUGAUUGCGUUCGUGUUGGAACCGAGCAUGAGCCAGGUGCCCUUCUUUUGACGGUGAAGUCAGCUCAAAGCAACCAUGAUGUAGGUUAAGCAGGUGGGGUAAUGAGGAGGCUUCUGUGUUUUCACAUGCAAACAUGAUUGCGUGGAUAAAAAACACUGACAAUGAAAACUAGUUAAAUUCUAACUGGUAUUUUAUGUAAAAGAUGUUUCUGAACGAUGCAUCAGGAUGCCUUGUUGACAACAUGACCGAGCGGCGCAGAUUGCUGUUUGAUUUGAGAUUGGCGCUUCUCUCUCACCGCUUUUGCCUGUUCAUGGUUCAGCUUAAUCAGGCACCCUCAGUGUGAAUACAGGCCCAGGUCUUGUCUGUCAUUGGUUGGUGCCAUAUUGUUUUAUAGGAGAGGAAUUGCUUGCUAGGAGGCUGUGGAAGUGACAGGGUUUUAAAGUGCUUUUAUUUUUAUAACAUUGUAUUUUAGUGUUUAACAGAAUGUUUGGCAAUGUUAAUGUUGACGUGUAAUGCGUUUCACCUACUUUCCAAUACGUUUCUGUCUGGACUGUGAUAGUGAAUGUUUUGUUUUGUCAGAAACAUGACUGUAUAAAAUGGUGUUAACUGAAUAAAUGUAAGUUAAUCAA